GCAGCAGCCCAAGAAGUCUGCACUGGAAGUCCAGUUCUGGCAACUGAAGGACUGGCCCAUGCAGCAGCGUCUUCCCCCGUACCCUGCCACCAUCAUCAGCCUGCUAGGGAAGGUGGAGACACACCAUCGGCGGAGCCAAGACGGACAUAUCCUCGUCACCUGCUGGGAUGGUGCCAGCCGGAGCGGAAUCUUCUGUGCUGCUAGUUUCCUGUGUGAGCAGAUCCAAAGCGAGGGGCUGGUGGAUGUAUCCCAGGCUGUAAGGAUGCUGAAGAGGCGGCGGAGACAGCUGAUUAAAGAUGUGGAGCAGUAUGGGCUCUGCUACGAACUAGCCCUCAGUUACUUGAAUUCAUUUGAAACCUAUGGCAAUUUCAAGUAGAGGCAUGGCCACAGCCCAUCUCUGGCCAGGACUUUGACUCUCUUGACAGCCUUCCAUC